AUGGGUUUGACUAUGGUCAAGUUUAAUGAUGAUGCUACAAGAGAUCAUGUUUUGGAAACUGGCAUUCUUCAUUUUGAUAGAAAGUCAGUGAUAAUUCGUCCAUGGUCCACAGAUCUAAGUGAUAUUCGAAUGAUUUGUUCAGUGCCUCUUUGGAUUCGUUUACAAGAUCUAGGCCUUCAAUAUUGGGGAAGCAAAUGCCUCAGUGCACUUGUUAGUACGAUAGGCAAGCCGAUAAUGGUGGACAAAUUUACUCGUGAACGUACAAGAGUUCUGUUUGCUAGGAUGAUGGUGGAGAUGUAUAUCAUAGAUAAUUCACCUAGGACAAUACAAUUUUUGAAUGAGCAUGGUCAGUUAUUAGAACAAGGGGUAGAAUAUGAAUGGUUGUCAGUGAAAUGCAAAACCUGUGCGGGUUUUGGCCACUCUAUGGCUGACUGUCGUAAGGAGAUGCAAAUUCAGGGGAUUAAGAAGGAUAUUCCUUCAAAGAAUCCUCCUGUGUUAGGGAGGGACAAGGGUGAGGAAGCUGCUGAUAUUUCCUCUAGGAAUCCCUCUUUGGAAAAGAGAAGAAUAGAUGAGAAAGUAGAUGUUGGUAUGCCUAGGAAUGUUUCUAAGGUUCCGCCAGCUGCUAAAGGCCAGAAUGCGUGUGAAAAGGAUUGGUUAUCACCUAAGAAAGUGGUUUAUAGACAGGGGACAUCAGAGAGUAGAAACUGGAACUUGAGGGGAUUGAAUGGUCCGAAAAAGCAGGCUGCAGUUUUGAAUAUAUGUAGUAAGAAUAAAGUGGGAGUUGGUGCUCUUUUGGAAACGAAAAUGAGGGGGUCUAAAGUUACUGAGAUGAUGGUUAAUAAAUUUUUGAACUGGGACUAUUAUUCUAGUUCGAUUACUGAGGGAAGAAUUUUGAUAAUAUGGAGGAGGGUCUUUGUCAAGGUUACAGUGAUUGAAGAGACAAGUCAAUAUGUUCACUGUAAAAGUAGAAUGGCUAGUCAGAAAUUUCCUUUUAGUGCUACAUUUGUUUAUGGGCAUAACACUUUGGAGGAAAGGAAGAUAUUAUGGCAAAGUUUACCUAAGAAUUCAGCUGAUGCUUGGGUAAUGUUGGGAGAUUUCAAUGCAGUCUUUACAGCCAAAGAUAGGAAUGGAGGGAAGCCUGUGUCUAAAGCUAAAUUAUUAGACUCUUCUCAAUGGUUUGCUAGUUCUCAUCUGGAUGUGCUUAAACAAACUGGUUCUUUCUUUACUUGGACAAAUAACCAAGAUGGUCAUGCUCGAAUAUACUCUAAGAUUGAUCAUGUGUUUGCUAAUGAGGUCUGGCUGGAUAUGUUUCCUAAUACAACAGCAGUCUUCAAAUGGGAAACGAUUUCUUAUCACUGCUCUUGUACUCUCUCUAUUCAGACCAUGGAGCACUUGGGAGUUAAAUUGUUUCGGUAUUAUAAUUUCCAGGCAGAUCAUAAAGACUUUAAAGGGGUGGCUCUUGAUAGCUGGAGGAAGCCUAUUCGGGGGAUUGGAUUAAAGGCCAUUUAUCUUAAGACUAUGCGGCUGAAACACAAGCUGAAAAAAUUUAAUAGGGAUCAUAUAGGAGACAUAGGAGUUCAAUUUCAUAAGGCUAAAGAUGAUUUUUAG